UAUUAAGAAAAUGAUUCUUAUUUAUUAUUAUUACCUUGCAUACAUCUCAUUUAAGCAGGUGCUUCAUAAAAACUAUAAAAUAUGAUUUUAUAUGAUAAUUUUAACGUAUCUUAAUUAUUUAUGUAUUGAACUGCUUAUAAAACAAACAAUUCUCAAGUUAAUCUCUUGAAACCUGGACCACUAUAUAAAGAAAAUGAUUCUAAUUUAUUAUUAUUAACUUGCAUACAUCUCAUUUAAGCAGAUUUUUCAUAAACACUGACGCGGCCCCGCGCAAACACCGUUUGAAUUCGAAAGGCAUUUGCGUGAAUAGCCUCGCCGGAAGCCCUCUCUCAACCACAAGUUGACGACGGACGACGCCGACGCGCGACGAUCCGCGUCGGAACGUCGGACCCGCCGCGACUGUGAACCGGCCCUAGACAAAAACCAGUCAUUUCCACCGCACCGUACGCGACAGACCUUUUUUGCGCCGUACCGUGCCCACCUGCAUUACAUACCCUCAUAUCUCCCUAUUUUGUUUUUUUUUCACUUUGGUGUGUUUUUUUUUGUUUUCUGCCACAAUAAUAAAAACCACUUUUUUUUUCAACCCCAAACUGACUUGUGUUAUUUAUUCAUCUUUCCCCCGUGCUCCUCCCGUGUGCCGUUCAACCACCAUCCGACGCUACCUCACCAUCACACCGUGACAACCGUAGGUACGCGUCAAAUUGGCUCCCCGAACUGGAAUCACCGUCGACAACAGCACAAGGAUGAAUACAAAGCCACAAUCAACAGCAACCACCCCCCUACAGCAAGCCGCAGAACUGCUGGAACGCACCCAGCAGUUACUGAAGGUAGCUACCGCGGAGGCAGCCGCCCAUGCGACUACGGCAGCACGGGUGCGCCGGAUGUCCACGGCAGAGCUACGCCGGGACCCGGUACUGUGGGCAGCCUACACCCGCGGGUGGGACGACCGCACGUCGGUCUUCCGCAAGGCGACCGACGUGGGUCCGACACCCGCGGUGACCGACAGGUCCCGGAGCCCUAGACGGCACGUACAGCCGGCUGGCGCACCGCGACCGCCCCCGAUGCCGCAGUCCGCACGGCUGAUCCGCCCACCCCCGCAACCACUCAUGGCAGCACCGGUCCCACGACCGAGGACGUCGACGAAACCGCCCGCGCCGACCACAGAUGAGGCUAAAACGACGCCGAAAACGGCAACGCCGAUGUCGUCGCGGCAGCGCCGGAGCAUCGAAAGGAAGCGGAAAUUUGUGGACAAGAAGAAGCCUGCCGACCCCACCUCCUCUCAGCAAUUCCGCCUGGAAAAACCGGCGUCCACAACCCCAGAACCGGCAACAGGUCCAAGGUCACUGGAGGCGACCGACAAACCUGUCCCCGAGACCGAGGCACCGGAGGUAGUAAUACCUACCGGACAAGCCGAGGCCACGGAGCAGCCAGCCACCGACUCCCCAAAACCGGCCGAUAUGGAAAUAUCGCCGGAUGAGGAGGCGGAGCUGCUGUGCGACAUGGAUGUCGGUCCACCAGACGACGUGGACAUGGAAACCGUGUUCCAGAACUAACCCCGCCCCCACGACGCCACCACAACAGGACUAGACAGGCCGGAGUGAGACCGCUGCACCCAGCCGGAAUACCCCUCCUCCGGAACCUAUCUACCCCAACCACCCAACCACCCACACAGCCACCCACACGACCACCCACACAGCCACCAGAGGCGGCCGGACAACCGCCGUCACUGGUGGUUUGGGGGGGGGGGAGUAUGACGCGGCCCCGCGCAAACACCGUUUGAAUUCGAACGGCAUUUGCGUGAAUAGCCUCGCCGGAAGCCCUCUCUCAACCACAAGUUGACGACGGACGACGCCGACGCGCGACGAUCCGCGUCGGAACGUCGGACCCGCCGCGACUGUGAACCGGCCCUAGACAAAAACCAGUCAUUUCCACCGCACCGUACGCGACAGACCUUUUUUGCGCCGUACCGUGCCCACCUGCAUUACAUACCCUCAUAUCUCCCUAUUUUGUUUUUUUUUCACUUUGGUGUGUUUUUUUUUGUUUUCUGCCACAAUAAUAAAAACCACUUUUUUUUUCAACCCCAAACUGACUUGUGUUAUUUAUUCAUCUUUCCCCCGUGCUCCUCCCGUGUGCCGUUCAACCACCAUCCGACGCUACCUCACCAUCACACCGUGACAACCGUAGGUAC